AUGAAUAUUCGCUGUGCAAAGCCCGAAGAUCUGAUGAACAUGCAGCACUGCAAUUUGCUCUGUUUGCCAGAAAACUACCAGAUGAAGUACUACUUCUAUCACGGUCUCACAUGGCCCCAGGUCAGUUAUGUGGCGGAGGAUGAUAAGGGUAACAUCGUUGGUUACGUGCUGGCAAAGAUGGAAGAACCGGAACCGGGCGAGGAGAGCACACACGGCCACAUAACGUCGCUGGCGGUCAAACGCUCGUACCGUAGGCUUGGUCUAGCGCAGAAGCUAAUGAACCAAGCGUCCAAAGCGAUGGUCGAAUGCUUUAACGCCCAGUACGUGUCGCUGCACGUGCGCAAAUCGAACCGGGCCGCACUGAAUCUGUACACCAACUCGCUCUGCUUUAAGAUACUGGAAAUUGAGCCGAAGUACUACGCGGACGGUGAGGACGCAUACUCGAUGCGUCGCGAUCUUUCCGAGCUGGUCAACAGUGGAUCGAACGAGCGGCCACCAGCGGAACGGAACGCGAUCAACGAUGGAGACGAGCGGGUGAUAACGAACCACAAUAAGGCACUUGCGGUAGGUGGAUCUCACGCCGGACAUGACGGACAUUGUUGCUAGCGCAAAUGUUAUGCACCGGCCGACACAACGGCAGCAAAACUAAUGGGACGAAUUGCAGCGCAGCGUGUGUGUGUGGGAUUAGCUUUUUAGGGGCUGUGGGAAACGAGAAGAAUUAAAUUCAUGACGGAGGAACAAAGCUUCUUUCUUCCCUUCUUAGCUUGAA